UUCAUUAAACUCUUUCUCUUUGGAAUGCAAAUAAUAUUUAGUUAUUGUUGAAAUGUUGCGUGUCGUGCUCUCUGUACUUUGGGUGCUUGCAUUUUUUGAAAUUUGUCAUUGUGAUGAUGGAUUUUACACAAUCGUUGUGUCCGAAAAUUUGAGACCACAUUCUGAUUAUCGUGUAUCAGUAUCGAUUCACAAUCAAAGCACACCGGUCACCAUAAAAUUGAGCAUUGAAGAUGAAGACGAUACAAUUGUUACAAAAGAAGUAACACUCACAUCCGACAAAACCGAAUUGAUUAAUUUACCGGUAGACGAUCUAAUCGUGAACAAUAAUUUUAAAUUUACGGCCGAAGGCAUUGACGGAAUUAUUUUCAAAAAUGUCACAUUAUUGAAUGUUGAAUCGAAAAAUUGCUCAAUUUUCAUACAAACGGAUAAAGCGAUUUAUAAACCGGGCGAAUCAAUCAAAUUUCGCAUUUUAGUUCUUGACUUCAAUCUCAAGCCAAUCGAAUUGGAUAAUAGCCACUUGAAAGUGUACAUAAUGGAUUCGGAAAAAAAUCGCAUAAAACAAUGGAAAGAGAGUCAAUUAAAUACGGGCAUCUUUUCGGCUGAAUUACCACUUUCCGAGUCACCGGUGCUUGGCGACUGGACAAUUACGGCCGAAGUUGGUGAAGAGGUGAAAAGUAAGACACUUCAAAUCGAAGAGUAUGUGUUGCCAAAAUUUGAUGUUAAAAUCGAUUCAUCGGAGCACUUCAAUGUUAAAGAUGGUAAAAUACGUGCUAUAAUUCGAUCGAAGUACACGUAUGGUAAAUUGGUGAAGGGUCGUGCAAUCGUAACAGUAAAACCAACAAGCUACCUUGCAUGGUCGACGCGUCGUGAAACAGACACAGUUGCUAAAACAAUCCCAAUUGAUGGCAAAGGUACCAUCGAAUUAGAUAUCACCGAUGAUUUGCACAUUCAACCGGAUGAAUUUAAACGGAGCACAACGUACGCCCUGUCUGCUGUCGUUGUUGAAGAAUUGACAGGUCGUAAUCAAAGUGCAUCGAAGGAUAUAACAAUUCAUCAGUUGCGGUAUAAAAUCAAAGCGUUGGAUCUCGAUCCACAAUUUCAAAGUGGCAUACCGGUUCGUGUAAUGGUUGCUGUCACGUAUCAAGACGAUAAACCCGUUCAUGUGAACUAUGUCGUCAACCGGGAUAUUGUUAUUUUGAAAAUACCAAAUAAUAAAAAUCUUAGUGAAACAUACACAAAACAUGAACUAUCUAACAAUGGUACGGUCUUGGUGAGCAUUCCAACAUCGAAGAAAGACGAAAGUGGUUUUAUAUUGAAGGCAAAAUAUAUGGACGAAGAUGCCGAAAUUGGCUACCUGUUUCCAUCGAGCAAUGUUGAACCGACAAAUUUAGAGAUUAAAGUAUUAACUAAGAAACCAACUUUGAACAAAGAGAUAUUUGUUGAGAUUCAGUCAACCGACAUUCUUGAACAUUUUACAUAUCAAAUUAUCAGCCAGGGUCGACUCGUUUAUUCGGAUAGUUUUGAUGUGCCACAACGAAAUUAUCACGUCUUUAACUUUUUGGCCACAUUCGAUUUGUUGCCGACGGCACAUCUCAUUGUUUAUUACUUCAAAAAUGAUGAAAUUGUUUCAAAUAAAAUUGACAUUGACAUACGAGACAAUUUGAACAAUUUUAUUAAAGUAAAAUUGUCGGAAACACGCAUUCAACCGGGCGAUAGUGUCAACAUUGAUAUCAUAACCAAACCUAAAUCACGCAUCGGACUACUUGGUGUCGAUCAAAGUGUUUUAUUGCUUAAAAAGAAUAACGAUUUAUCGAUUGAAGAUGCAUGGAAUGAACGUGAACUCUACCAAUAUCAAUUCUACGAACGAAAUGCAAGAUUAACAACAUUUGGACAUUCACCAUAUUUUUAUAAUAAAUAUUGGGGUGAUUUUCAGUCAACACGAAUGAUAUUGUUUACAAACGCAAAACAAGAUGUCUAUCCCAUAAUUCGAGAGUCAUACAAACCGCUUUUGUUCAAUAAAGCCGGUGUUGCACAUCCAGAAACAUUGACAUCAGCUAUGUACGCCAAUCAACCGAGUAAAAUUCAAAGGCAUCCAUCUCAACCUCCGACUGCUGCACCAUCGCAUGUUCCAAAAAUGCGAAAAGAUUUUCCGGAAACUUGGCUUUGGCAAACAAUCAACAUUGAUGAUGAAAAUGGAACAUAUAGUAUGAAGCAAAAUGUGCCUGAUACAAUAACAUCAUGGGUGAUUAGUGCAUUCUCCAUAGAUCCGAUAACUGGUCUUGGAUUAACAAAAAAACCGCGUGUAUUGGAGGUGUUUCAACCAUUUUUCGUUUCAUUGAAUUUACCAUAUUCGAUGAAACUUGGUGAAAUCUUAUCGAUUCCGGUGGCAAUUUUCAAUUAUAUGGAAAUCGAUACCGACGCCGAUGUAACAAUUCACAAUAACAACAAUGAAUUUGAAUUCAUUGAAGACACAAACCAAAAUCAAACGACAUCAAGUUUAGAGCGAUCGAUGAAACUUACAAUUGUUUCAAAUCAUGGUUCGAGUACAUCGUUUAAAAUUCGUCCGAAGAAAAUCGGUGCGAUUUCAAUAAAAGUCACAGCAACAUCACCACUUGCUGGCGAUUCGAUUGUACAAAUUUUACACGUUGAACCGGAAGGAAUUGCAAAGUUCAAGAAUAAAGCUUUAUUUGUCGAUUUAAAUGAUGUGACAUCGUUUGAAUCGAUGUUAACCGUUGACAUUCCCGAUGAUAUAAUAUUGGAUUCGUUAAAAAUCGAUGUGAAUUGCGUCGGUGAUUUGCUCGGCGGUACAAUCAAAAAUCUCAACAAAUUGAUUCGCUUGCCAUCCGGUUGUGGUGAACAGAAUAUGUUGAAUUUUGUACCGAACAUCGUGAUUUUAAAGUAUUUGAAAGUGGUUGGCCAACUGAAGGCUGGCAUUGAACGAAAAAUAAAAUUGUAUACGGAAAAAGGCUAUCAGCGGGAGCUUACUUAUCGUCACAACGAUGGUUCGUUCAGUGCAUUUGGAAAAUCGGAUAAAAGUGGCAGCACAUGGUUAACGGCAUUCGUUGCAAAAUCGUUUCGACAGGCAGCAUCAUUCAUUGAUGUCGAUGAAAAUAUCAUCGAUGACGCAUUGAAAUGGUUGAGUAAAAAACAGAAUAAAGACGGAAGUUUCCUCGAAAUUGGAACGGUGUCACACAAAGCAAUGCAAGGUGGUUCGGGUAAAGGUGUUGCAUUAACCGCAUACGUAUUGACAGCAUUUUUAGAAAAUCGAGAUGUGGAAACAACUUAUGAUGAAACUAUAAAUAAAGCCAUUGACUAUAUUACAAAAUCACUUGAGGCACAACAUAAACAUCACAUAAAUGAUAUCUAUGCACUGGCUGUGGCUGCAUAUGCAAUGCAACUGGCAGACCAUCCGAAUAAAGACGAUUUUCUGGCUAAACUAUUGAAAAAAGCAACAACCAAAGAUGAAACAAAAUGGUUGUCUAGAUAUGAGGUAGCAUCGAAAAAUUCAACAAAUAGAUCAUCGAAAACAUUAAACAUCGAAAUUACGUCGUAUGGACUGUUGGCGAUACUCGAAAGUGGUCAAUUUGCCGAUGGAUUUCCGUACUUCAAGUUUUUACUGAGUCAACGCAAUAAUAAAGGUGGAUUUAUUGGUACACAAGACACGGUGAUGGGAUUACAAGCCCUAGCCAAAUUUGCCGAACGAAUUUCGAUUCGCGAUAAUAAUAUUGAAAUUAUGGUGCAUACUGAUAAUUUACCAAAUCACACAUAUUUCAAUGUUAAUCCAGAAAACGCUUUGAUUUAUCAAUCGCACGAAUUACCGUCAACCAUUCGUGCAAUCAAUAUCACUGCAAAUGGACAUGGUUUUGCACUAUUUCAGCUAUCAUAUAAAUAUCAUACAAACAAAAUCGAAAUGGAGCCAUCGUUCAAAUUGAAACCAAAUACACUGAAUAAUUCGAAUGAAGCUUACCUCAAGCUACAAGUUUGCGUCACAUAUGAACCGAUCAAAAGUAAAGAGAAACGAACAAAUAUGGUGAUCCUGGAAGUAGCUUUGCCCAGUGGUUAUGUUGCCGAAUCCGAUACAUUAAUCAAUGUAUCCAAUUCAUAUAAUGUGAAAAAAGUCGAAACGAAAAAUGCUGACACCAUAUUCAUUGUGUAUUUUGAUAAUUUCGAAAUAAAUAAAGAAAUUUGCCCCGUAUUUGAUGCAUUCAGAGCGCACAAAAUAGCCGAACAAAAGCCAGUUCCCAUCUCGGUUUACGACUACUAUGACAGCAGCGAUCGUGCAACUGCAUUUUACAGUGCACCGCAAUACAACAACAUCAUUUGAUAUGAUU